AUGUCUGCCGCUGUCCAAGAAGUCCAGGUCCCUCUUAGCAAGGUUGACUCUGCCAUUGACGACGCUCCAGCAUCACCAAGCGACACCAAGCCCAUCAGACAUCGUAGAACGUCGAGCACUGUCAGCGGUGUCUUCAGCAUUGACGACCUUGAGAAGGAAGGAGUAGAGCUCAAGAUCGCACCAGAAACUCAGAAGCUCAACUGGAAGUUGAACACCUCACCAUCAACUGUCGAGGACAAGGAGUACCUCAAGAAGCUGUUGUGCACCCCACCCAUCAAGAAGAUCGACCUCCAGUUCCCCUUGGGACUCGAAGUCACCGCGCGGAAUCGACAGGGAGUCACCAUCAAGGACGCACUAGACGCCAUCCACAAGCAGUUCAAGAAGAAGGCCGAUGACGAGAUGGAGGCACCAUACCUUGCCGGAUUCGAAUGGGACCGGGAAGAGGCAUACACCAAGUUCAUCGUGCAUCAGAAGAAGACUGGUGAGGCGGCCAUGGGCGGCUCAAAGAAGAAGAAGGCCAAGGCCGAGGAAUCGUAG